AUGUCGAAACUCCUGAUCUCUAGGAGCCUUGGCCGGCCCCUUCGACGGCCGGCCUACCAGUUCUGGAGCACCAGCAUCAUCAAGACGAGGACCUUUGCGACGGUCGAAUCCGAUGCGAGGCCCUUCGAUGUCGUCGUUAUUGGCGGAGGCCACGCUGGAUCCGAGGCAUGCGCCGCAGCUGCCCGCGCUGGCGCGAGGACGGCGUUAGUGACUCCCAGCGUCGAGAACCUCGGUGUCUGUUCCUGCAACCCUAGUUUCGGCGGUAUCGGCAAAGGUAUCAUGAUCCGCGAGAUCGAUGCUCUCGAAGGCCUCGCUGGCCGUAUCAUUGACAAGGCUGGUGUUCAGUUUCGAGUCCUCAACAGCAAGAAGGGCCCCGCCGUUUGGGGUCCUCGCGCCCAAAUCGACCGAGCGCUAUACAAAAAGCACAUGCGCGCCGAGCUCGAAUCGUACCCCAACCUCUCCCUGGUUUACAACAGCGUAUCCGACAUUGUCGUCUCGGAAAACGAUGAUCCUUCCACCGGAGCGAAAACCAAAAUCACUGGCGUCAGGUUGGAGUCGGGCGAGGUCUUACCAACAAGCCAGGUCAUCAUCACCACAGGCACAUUCCUCGGCGGCGAGAUUCACAUUGGUAUGGAAGCCUAUCCCUCGGGCCGCAUGGGUGAGAAGGCAACUUUUGGUCUCAGCAAGUCGCUUAGGGAGGCUGGAUUCAAGCUCGGGCGGUUGAAGACAGGAACGCCACCCCGGUUAGACAAGAAGAGCAUCAACUUCGGCGUUCUUGAAGAGCAGUACGGUGAUGACCCGCCGAGGCCGUUCAGUUACCUAAACGACGCUGUCACUGUCAAGGACCAGCUUCACUGCUGGGCCACCUACACCAAUCACGCGACACACGAGAUUGUGCGUCAAAACCUCGACAAGACGAUUCAUAUCCGCGAGACGGUCAAGGGACCUCGGUAUUGCCCCUCGCUCGAGGCCAAGAUCAUCCGUUUCAGUGACAAGCAGCGCCAUCUUGUAUGGCUGGAACCCGAAGGCUUCGACAACGACAUCAUCUACCCGAACGGCCUAAGCAUGACUGUGCCCGCUGAGGCCCAGCUGGCACUGCUCCGCACUAUUCCUGGUCUGGAGGAUGUCAUCAUGACCCAGCCCGGUUACGGUGUCGAGUACGAUUAUGUCGACCCCCGCAGCCUGAAGCGCACUCUAGAGACCAAGGCUAUCCGUGGCCUGUGGCUCGCCGGCCAGAUCAACGGCACCACCGGUUAUGAAGAAGCGGCCGGUCAGGGUAUUGUAGCCGGCAUCAACGCCGGCCGCGCCGCUAUCGGUCGCGAACCCGUCACCCUUUCGCGUGCCGACGGUUACAUCGGCGUCAUGAUCGACGACCUCAUCACCAAGGGCGUCUCGGAGCCCUACCGCAUGUUCACCUCGCGCAGCGAGUUCCGUAUGACCACGCGGUCCGACAACGCCGACUCCCGCCUCACCGCCCUCGGCCGCAGCUGGGGCGUCGUCGGCGACCGGCGCUGGAGCCAUUUCCAGACCGAGAACGGCCAGAUGGCCGAGCUGCGCCGUAUCCUCAGCGAAACCAUCCUGUCCCCGCAAGCCUGGGCAAAUGCCGGCUUCGACGUCAAGGCCGACACCCGUAAGCGCAGCGCAUUCGAACUCCUCUGCUUCAAGGGCGUGUCGAUGGAGAAGCUCCACGAGAGCGGCGUCGUGCCCAAGCUGAUGGACUUCUCGGAACGCGUGCGCGAGCGGACCUUUAUCGAGGGGUUGUAUGCGCCCCAGAUCGAUAAGCACGCGUUAGAGCGUGCCAAGCUAGAGCGCGAGGAGGAUCUGAGGCUGCCGCUUGAUUUGGAUUAUGACGCGAUUAUCAACCUCUCCCUGGCUGAGAAGGGCGUGCUGAAGGCGACCAGGCCUGAGAGUCUGGCGCAGGCGAGGAGGAUAGAGGGUAUGACACCCGCGGGCUGCAUGCGGUUGCUUGCGCACGUGAAGAGGAGGAAUGGGGAGCUCAAGACCGGUUACAGGCUUGGAGGUUUCAAGGAGAUUGCAGCCCAGUUGGAGAAUGGGACAGCUGAAGCAGACCUUGACGCUGUUGGUGAUGCGUUGACUGCUGCUGAUGGUGAUAUGGAGACUGUGGACGCCAAGGCGAGGGCUGCUGAUCUCUGA